CACAGUAUGAGAGUGGAGGGGGUAUUACAGUGCAGAAUGGCCUUGAGUAAGGUACCUCUGCUCUUUCAUGGAUUUCUCCUGCUGGUUCUAUGUAGACCCUCCCUUCAAGGAGGAGUUUACAUACCAGUUGGUGCUGGGGUUGGGCCUGGAACUGGUCCAGGAGGUGGACUUGGUGGAGGAAUCGGAAGUGUUGGGCCAGGAGUUGGUACUGGAGGAGCUGGAACAGGAAUAGGUCUAGGUGCUGGUGCUGGUGGUCUUGGAACUGGGCCAGGAACUGGAAUUAGACCUGGAACUGGCUAUGGAGGUGGUCUUGUAGGCGCUGGGGGACUGGGUGCUGGAGGUCUUGGACCUGGUGUUCCUGGGAGAAUUGGACCUGGUGGUUAUGGGGCUGGUCCAGGUGUAGGUGGACUAGGAGUUGGAGGACUAGGUACAACAGGACUUGGUGUUGGAGGAUUUGGCACUGGAGGCCUUGGAUCAGGGUCCAUUGUCAAGCCACCUAAGACAGGAGCAUAUGGAGGUCAACCUGGAAUUGGACAUGGUGGUACAGGUGUUGGCCCUGGAACUGGCUGGCUUGGAACACCUAGAGUAGUUGGUCCUGCUGGUACUGGUUCAAUAAGUCCAGGAGGCACUGGAACUGGUGGCACAGGACCUGUGGGAAUAGGACCUGGAGGUGUCAGACCUGGAGUGAUUGGUCCUGGUGCUGGUUUUGGAACUGGAGGCCUUGGCACAGGUCUGGGUGGAAAGCCCCCCAAAACAGGUUAUGGAGGCCUUGGUGGCUAUGGCCAAGGGGGUGUCGGCCUUGGAGGUUUAGGGCCUGGAGGGGUUGGACCAGGUGGAGUUGGAACUAGUGGCAUUCAACCAGGUGGCAUUGGACCUGGUGGAGUUGGACCAGGUGGCAUUGGACCUGGUGGAGUUGGACCAGGUGGCAUUGGACCUGGAGGAGUUGGACCUGGUGUCUUCGGUCCAGGUUAUGUUGGGCCUGGCGGCUCUGGUGGUGCCCCAUUGGGAACAGGAAACUUUGGAGCAGUAGAUCCAAGGCUUGGUGCUAGUUCAUUUGGACCUGGAGGUGCUGGAACAGGCUACCCAACAGGCUUUGUUGGAUAUGGUGGCCAAGGAGGUCCUUAUCCUGGAGGGGCUGGUCAGAAACCACCAAAACCAGGAUUUGGAGGACCAGCAUUUGGUGGAACUGGAUUUGUUCCCAGUGGUACAGGAGUUGGUCCAGGUGGCACAGGAAUUGGUCCAGGUGGUGCAGGAAUCGGUCCAGGCGGGGCAGGAAUCGGUCCAGGUGGUGCAGGAAUCGGUCCAGGCGGGGCAGGAAUUGGUCCAGGUGGUGCAGGAAUCCAUCCAGGGGGCACAGGAUUCGGUCCAGGUGGCACAGGAAUCGGUCCAGGUGGCACAGGAAUCGGUCCAGGCGGGGCAGGAAUCGGUCCAGGUGGGGCAGGAAUCCGUCCAGGGGGCGCAGGAAUCAGUCCAGGUGGCACAGGAUUCGGUCCUGGUGGCACAGGAGUCGGUCCUGGUGGUGCAGGUAUUGGUCCAGGUGGCACAGGAAUCGGACCUGGGGGUGUGGGAGUUGGGCCUGGAGGUGUAGGAAUCGGACCUGGUAGCACCGGAGUUGGACUUGGAGCAGCAGGGGUGGGGCCUGGAGGAGCACCUUUUCUACCUCAAACUGGAUUACCAGGAGCUGGAACUGGGACGGGUACUGGUAGCAAACUUGGAAAGACUGGGAAGGCACCAGUGCCAGGUAUUGGGAUUCCUGGGCUGUACCAAGGGGGCAUUGUUCCUGGACAAGGUUUUGGUGGUAGAGGCGUUCUGCCAGGUGUAGCCACAGGAUCUCAAACGGGUCAGCUUGGUCAAGGUGCACUCGGAGCCAAUGGAGGCCGUGGAGGCUUUGGUCAACAAUUACCAGGCAUAUUUCGUGGAUAUCCACUAAUAUUACCUAAGUCUGGAGGUACAAGCUCUGCAAAGUCUCAGGCUAAAGCUGCCAAGUAUGGGGCUGGUGGUGUGCCUGGUUUAGGUGGUGGACUUGGAACCGGUGGUGUACCAGGUGCAGGCGGAGUACCAGGUGCAGGUGUGUUACCUGGCAUGGGUGGUGUACCAAGUGCAGGCGGAGUUCCAGGCAUAGGUGGUGUGCCAGGUGCAGGUGGUGUUCCAGGCAUAGGUGGUGUGCCAGGUGCAGGUGGUGUUCCAGGCAUAGGUGGUGUGCCAGGUGCUGGAGUCAUUCCUGGGUCUGGAGGGGUAACUCCUGGAAUCCUAUAUCCUGGAGCUGGUGGUACCUAUCCUGGUGGAGCUGGGGCAAAAGCUCGGAAGUAUGGUGGUCUUGGAGGUGGUGGUCUCCCCGGCUCUGGUUUGGGAGUGGGUGGUCUUGGAACUGGUGGACCCCUAGGUUCUGGUUUAGGAGCAGGUGGUCUUGGAGGUGGUGGACUCCCUGGCUCUGGUUUGGGAGUGGGUGGUCUUGGAACUGGUGGACCCCUAGGUUCUGGUUUAGGUGCAGGUGGUCUUGGAGGUGGUGGAAUCCCUGGCUCUGGUUUAGGAGUGGGUGGUCUUAGAACUGGUGGACCCCUAGGUUCUGGUUUAGGAGCAGGUGGUCUUGGAGGUGGUGGACUCCCUGGCUCUGGUUUAGGAGUGGGUGGUCUUGGAACUGGUGGAGCCAUAGGUUCUGGUUUAGGAGCAGGACCUGGUGCUGGAGAAUAUGCUGCAGCCAAAGCAAGAAAAUAUGCUCAGCUUGGACGUUCUGGUGGGGCUUUAGGUACUGGAGCCUUACCUGGUGGAGCAGCAGGUGUUGGGCUAGGUAGACUACCUGGUGGUGGAGUUGGAACUGGUGGGCUACCUGGAGGUGGGAUUGGUGGCUUACCUGGUAGAGGAGCUGGUGGUCUCCCUGGUGGGGUUUCUGGAGGACUCCCUGGCUCUGGAACUGGAUAUGGAGCAGCGGCAAAAGCUCGUAAAUAUGGUCUACCUUUAGGUGCUGGUGUAGGCCCAGGCAGUGGAUUAGCUGCAGGUAUUCCAGGUGGAUUACCAGGUGCUGGUGUGGGACCAGGUGGCGCAGGUGUUGGAGUUGGAGGCUAUAGACCAGGAACAGGAGAUCUUCCAGGAACUGGAACUGGACUAGGGGGCAAUACUGGUUUGGGCUAUAGACCAGGAGAUAUGCUUGGUGGUGGCUUUGGACCUGGAGGUUACGCUGGAGCCAAAGCUCGCAAAUAUGGAUUGACUGGAGGGUUAGGAAGCACACUUGGUACUGGAGCAGUGCCAGGUGUUGGAGCAGGUGGAGGAAUUGGACCUGGAGGGGGACCAGCUGGUGGUUAUGGACCAGGAGGUGUACCUGUUGGUGGCUAUGGACCAGGAGGUGUACCAGUUGGUGGCUAUGGACCAGGAGGUGUACCUGUUGGUGGUUAUGGACCAGGAGGUGUACCUGUUGGUGGCUAUGGACAAGGAGGUGUACCUGUUGGUGGCUAUGGACCAGGAGGUGUACCUGUUGGUGGCUAUGGACCAGGAGGUGUACCUGUUGGUGGCUAUGGACCAGGAGGUGUACCUAGUGCAGGAUAUGGACCAGGCUCUGGAGCAUAUCCAGGUGGACCUAAAGCUCUAAAAUAUGGUCCCGGUGCAAGUGGAGGGACUCCAGGACUUGGUGUGCAGGGUAGGGUAGGAACAGGCCCAAUUCCAGGAUUUGGAACAGGAGCUGGGCCAGUUGGUGGUUAUGGUCCAGGGACUGCAGGAGGUAUAGCUAGUGGUUCACCUGGUUCUGGGGGAGUUUUAGGAGUAGGAGGUGCAUCAGGAACUGGAACAGGAGUGGGAGCAGUCCCUGGAGUUGGGGGAGGUCCUGGGACUGGAUCUGGACUUGGAGGAGUUCCAGGUGGAGUGCCGGGUGCUGGAUAUGGAGGGUAUGGAGGUUAUUGGGGUGCACAGAAACCACCUAAAUAUGGACAGCCUGGUGGUGGGGUUGGAACAGGAACUGGUGCAACUGGAGGCACAGGAACUGGAAUUGGAAAUGGGGUUCCAGGUAUCACAGGAGUUGUGCAUGGAGGAACAGCAAUUCCAGGUGGUGCAGUGGCCACUGGCGUAGAUCGUGCAGAAAGUUCUAAACCUGGAGCUGAUGGGGUCACAGUGACUGGCAGCCCUGGUGGUGGAACUCGUGGUGCUGGAGAAGGUCAAGGUGGAACAAAAGCUCCAAAGACAGAAUCUGGAGGGCCAAUAGAGGGAUCAGGUGGGUCCAUUGGAGGUGGCCCAGGCGAAGGUGUUACUGUUGGGCCAACUGAUGGUGAUGGACUUGGUGGCACCGGAAUACCCAUCUUAGCUGGAACAAAACCAGGAGUGCCUGGAUCAACUCCAGGUGGAAUUGGUGAUAGUAGUACACUACCUGGGGCCAAACCACUAAAACCCCCAGGCAUCGGAGGUGGUGCCAUUGCUGGACGUGGAGAUACUCCAGGUACUAUUGAAGGAGGACUUGGUGGUGCUACUGGAGGAGUAGGUGGAGUUCCAGGAGGAGUGGGUGGAGUUCCAGGAGGAGUGGGUGGAGUUCCAGGAGGAGUAGGUGGUGUUCCAGGAGGAGUAGGUGGUGUUCCAGGAGGAGUAGGUGGAGUUCCAGGAGGAGUGGGUGGAGUUCCAGGAGGAGUGGGUGGAGUUCCAGGAGGAGUAGGUGGUGUUCCAGGAGGAGUAGGUGGAGUUCCAGGAGGAGUGGGUGGAGUUCCAGGAGGAGUGGGUGGAGUUCCAGGAGGAGUAGGUGGAGUUCCAGGAGGAGUAGGUGGAGUUCCAGGAGGAGUGGGUGGAGUUCCAGGAGGAGUAGGUGGAGUUCCAGGAGGAGUAGGUGGAGUUCCAGGACGAGUAGGUGGAGUUCCAGGAGGAGUGGGUGGAGUUCCAGAAGGAGUUAAACCUCCUAAAGUUUAUGGCAGUGCUGGUGGAACAGGAACUCUAGGUGUUGGAGGAGUGGGUGGAGCUGGACUUCUGCCUGGAGGUGGUGGUCUGCUACCAGGAGGUAUAGGUACAGGAGUUGGAGCAGGCACAGGUUUUGGAGCACAGAAACCAGGCAAAAGUUAUGGUGGAGUUGGAAGUUUAGGAGCUGGUGGAAUCCUUCCAGGGACUGGUCUCAGAUUCCCAAGUGGGGCUGCAGUGGGCAGCAAACAAGGAAAAGUUUAUGGGGCUGCAGGCACACUUGGUGGGCUUGGAGGCCCAGGGGGAUAUGGAGCAGGACCUGGUGGCUAUGGGGGUGGACCAGGUGGAUACGGUGGAGGCCCUGGUGGAUACGGUGGAGGCGCAGGGGGAUACGGUGGAGGCCCUGGUGGAUACGGUGGAGGCGCAGGGGGAUACGGUGGAGGCCCUGGUGGAUACGGUGGAGGCCAAGUUGGUCCUGGUGGACUUGGAGGGACCGGAUUUGGUCGGCUUGGUUAUGGUCCUGACACAAUAAAGCCGCCUAAAAGCUAUGGAGGAGCUGGAACACUGGGUGGGGCUGGAAGAGGAAGUAUUGGUGGAGGUUUAGGAGUAGGACCAGGAGGUAUUGGUGGAGGUCCUGGAGUUGGAACAGGAGUGGUUGGGGGAGGUUCUGGAGGAGUUGGAGGACUUGGUGGACAAGGUGCAGGUUAUGGAGGUGUAGGUCAAGCUGGAGGUGUAGGAAGUCUUGGAGGAGUCGGUGGGGGUCCAGGAGGUGUAGGAAGAGGUCCUGGAAGCCCAGUAGGAACGGGUGGAGGUCUCAGGUACCCAGGGGGAGCAGGAACAGGGAAACCUGGUAAAUCAGGUUUUGGCACAGGUGCCUUGGGUGGUCAAGGUUAUCUGCCAGGUAAUGCAGUGCCAGGAUAUGGAACUGGUGUAGGUCCUGGCAGUGGAUAUCAACAACCAUAUCCAGGUUAUGGAGGCACUGGUGGGGGGGGACCUGGAACCGCACCACUUACACCUCAACAAUCAAAAGCAGCCAAAUAUGCAGCUCUUCAAGGCUUUCUAGGUGCAGGAGGCUACAGAGGGGGCGCAGGAUGUCAAGGCAAAUACUGCGGAAGGAGAAGGAAGUGAGACACCAGCGGGAGAUGUGACCUCAUGAACAAAUGGUGCUACUGCCUGAUCUCAAAUGCACUUUUUUACAAUUGAUUAAAAAAGUGCCUUAUGUAAUAUGUGAUUGUGAUUUGGAACAUUAAGUGUUUUUGUCAGCUGUAUGAUUAGGUGUGACCUAAACAAGUGUGAUGUGAACCUCACAGGGCACUCUUUGCACUGCCUAAGCUCCCUUUACUUAAUAAUAAUGUCACAAUACAUUUCCUUUACCAAUAUUACAAUUGAUAGUGUAUACUUAUGGAUGAGUCAGUUGCUCACACUCUUUUCAGUAGCUGUAUAUUCAGACACACAGCUAUGGAAAAAUUUAACAGACCACUCCAAAUGUUUCUUAAAUCAGCAUCUCUACAUGUAUGGCAGCCAUUCCAUUCCAGUGUCUGUUGAAUUCCUGCUUGAACUUUUGAGCGAGGAGUGGCAUAAAGUCACCCAACAACAAUGUGAAAGACUUGUGGAAAGCGUGCAAAGAUGCAUGAAAACUGUGAUUGAAAAUCAGGGUUAUUUCCUCGUCCAAAUAUUGAUUUCUGAACUCUUCCUAAGUUAAAACAUUAGUAUUGUGUAGCUUAUAAACUAUUAUGAAAUUGUUUUCUUUGCAUUAUUUGAAGUCUAAAAACACUGCAUCUUUUUUGUAAUUUUGACCAGUUGUCAUUUUCUGCAAAUAAAUGCUCUAAAUGACAUUAUUUUAUUUGGAAUUUGGGAGAAAUGUUGUCAGUACUUUAUAGAAUAAAACUAAAAUGUUCAUUUUACUCAAACACAUACCUGUAAAUAUUAAAUCCAGAGGAACUGAACAUUUGGAGUGGUCUCUACAUUUUUUCCAGAGCUGUAUGUCAUAUAGGGAUGUGUAGCCGCUAUUUCAGGAUAAACUUGUGUCAGUGGAGUAAGCAGUGUCAUUAAGCUACAUGUUCUGGCCACCUUUUUAAACACUAUGCACUUCUCUUUGCUAUUUAAAGUAAAGGGGGCCUCCUCUAUAACUGUUGAGUGCAUGAUUCCACAUUUACAUUUAUUUUCCCCAACGGCUUCAGACACAAAGGAACGGGAUCUAGGAAUGCAAAAUCUUAGUCUUUUUGUAAUUCCUACAUGUGACCGUACUUGCCAAGACUGAGGAUUUCAAGUUUUCUUCAAAGAUACCUCAGAAACUUAAGGCUUCUUUCAUAGUAUCCUGACCCUAGUAAAACCUUGUUUGUUUUCAUGUUUUAAAUUAUGUUAAUGUUGUAUUGUAAGGAUAUCUAUGCAUUUAAUUUGGGGUUUGUAAGCAAUUUUUGUUGUGAAUGAUGUAUCUGUGUUUGUAUAAGUGCUAUAUAAAUUCAGAUGUGACCUGAACCUCCGAUAAUGCAAUGCAUUUAGUGAAUCUUUUUGCAUUGUUUACUUUGAUCUUCACUUUUGUGCACUUGUUACUUAGAAUUUUGUGAAAUUUCAUCAAGUUCACUUUUUUGUAUGACCUUUGAUUUUAAUUGUGCCUUU